GUCAGUAUUGCUGAGAAGUGAAAUGGCUCAGAGAGGAAAUCAGAUGGAUUCAGGAAAAUACUCCUGUUCCAUCUGUUUGGAUCUACUGAAGGAUCCGGUGACUAUUCCCUGUGGACACAGCUACUGCAUGAACUGCAUUAAAGACCACUGGGAUGGAGAAGAUCAGAGAAUCCACAGCUGCCCUCAGUGCAGGAAAGAGUUCAUACCAAGGCCCAAACUGGAGAAAAACAUCAUGUUAGCUGAAUUGGUGGAGGAUCUGGAGAAAACUGGACUCCAAGCUGCUACAGCUGAUCACUGCUAUGCUGGACAUGAAGAUGUGACCUGCAGUGUCUGCCCCGGGAGGAAGCUGAAAGCUGUCAAGUCCUGUCUGGUUUGUUUGGUUUCCUAUUGUGAGAAUCACCUUCAACCUCACGUUGACGUCCCUGGAUUAAAGAAACACAAGCUGGUGAAUCCCUCCAAGAAGCUUCAGCAGAACAUCUGCCCACAUCACGAGGAGGUGAUGAAGAUUUUCUGUCGUACUGAUCAGCAGUGUAUCUGUUAUCUCUGCACUAUGGAUGAACAUAAAAACCAUGAAACAGUCCCAGCUGCAGCAGAAAGAGCUGAGAAACAGAAGGAGCUCCAGGAGAGUCGACAACAAAUCCAUCAGAGAAUCCAGGACCAAGAGAAAGAUGUGAAGCUGCUUCAACAGGAGGUGGAGGCCAUCAAUGUCUCUGCUGAUAAAGCAGUGGAGGACAGUGAGAAGAUCUUCACUGAGCUGAUCCGUCUCCUCCAGGAAAGAAGCUCUGAUGUGAAGCAGCAGAUCAGAUCCCAGCAGGAAACUGAAGUGAGUCGAGUCAAAGAUGUUCAGGAGAAGCUGGAGCAGGAGAUCACUGAGCUGAAGAGGAAAGACGCUGAGCUGGAGCAGCUCUCACACACAGAGGAUCACACCCAGUUUCUCCUCAACUACCCCUCACUGCCAGCACUCAGUGAGUCUACACACUCAUCCAGCAUCAACAUCCGUCCUCUGAGACACUUUGAGGACGUGACAGCAGCUGUGUCAGAGCUCAGAGACAAACUAAAGGAUGUUCUGAGAGACCCAGGGACAAACAUCAAGCUGGCAGUCACUGGAGUGGAUGUUCUACUGUCAGAACCAGAACCAAAGACAAGGGAUGAAAUCCUAAAAUACUCAAAAAAAAUCACCCUGGAUACAAACACAGCUAACAGAUAUUUGGUAUUAACUGAGGGAAACAGAAAAGCGACAUUUGUGUCUUCAUGUCUGCCUUAUCCUGAUCAUCCAGACAGAUUCACUGGUUGGUCUCAGGUCUUGAGUAGAGAGAGUCUGACUGGACGUUGUUACUGGGAGGUGGAGAAGAGAGGAAUACAUGUUUAUAUAGCAGUAUCAUACAAGGACAUCAGAAGAGAAGGAUGGUCUGAUAAAUGUCAAUUUGGAUCAAAUUGCAAAUCUUGGUCAUUAUAUUGUGGCAGGAAAACUUAUAGAUUUUCUCACAACAACAUUAAAACUCCAGUAUCAGGUCCAGUUUCCUCCAGAAUAGGAGUGUAUCUGGAUCACAGAGCAGGUAUUCUGUGUUUCUACAGCGUCUCUGAAGCCAUGACUCUCCUCCACAGAGUCCAGACCACAUUCACUGAGCCUCUAUAUGCUGGGGUUUGGCUUGACCUCUCAUUUUUCUCUUUGUCAGAAUGUUCUUCUGAGUUUAUUAAGCUGAAGUAG